UAUUAAAUAAGAGUGCUUACUUUGUUAUGAAACAGUUACACUGAAGUGAAAGUUGUCACAUAAUAGGUCGGAUGUCCGUUGUUUGGCUGUUUUGGUAUCUACAGGUGCUGGUAUUUCCUCCAUUUAAUGGAUUCAGGCGUUUUCUAAUCCAUAAGUUAAUAGAAGAUAAUUUUGCAUCAUCUGAAGUAGCAGCAUUUUCAAUUGGUCAAGACAUUAGCCGGAGGAUUGUUAUUUGUUAUAAAGGAUUGAUAAGUAACGCAGCAAGCCAAGGACUUCCAGCUACGAUUCCACAAUCUUCUAAACAAAUAAUGAUUGACAAGGAAAAGCAAAACAGACAAAGACAAACUCCAACAGCAGCGGUAUACAGACCCCCGGCAGCCCGUCAGGCUGACAUCAGGAAGAGUACAGAUGUCUCUAAACCCCAGGAUUCCAAAUACUCUCGAGUGAGACGCCCCGACCAGCAAGUGUAUGUUCCUCGACCCAAGCGAGCAUCUUAUGAUAAUAGUUUGCCAAGAAGUCGAAGUAGAUCCAACUCUAGGCUGAGUUUGGACAGUGAUCACAGCAUCGACAUUGUGAGGAUCAAUAGUGAAGAGCCUAGGGAUCCUCAUCAAAAUGGGGUCUCUAAAGAUUGCCGUCGCGAAAAUAUUCAGUCACCAUCAAGUAUCUUACAGGGUGAAGACAGACCAGACAUUUCUACUGAAAAUAAAAGUGAGGAAUCUCCAAGAGAAACAAAUUUUGCAAUCAAAAACAAUGAAGGGGUGUUUGAUGUGAAUAAUGCAAAAUUGGAAACACCAGAAUUCAUAGAAGCAUCUGAGAAAGUUAUUGAAAAUGAAACCUGUGUAAUUGAAGCUGGCGCUUUUGACAAAACAGGAAGUCAACACGAAGUUACUGAUAGUAUUUUACAAAUUUGUGGACCGAAUAGUGAGAAAAAUGGAGGGAUACAGGAUGAUAACCAGACUGACAUACAUUCAGUUGAAGAUGCAGAGGUUAAAGAGAAGUUUAAUAUAGGAAUAGACACUCAUUCUUUGACUAAUCAGAGUAAAAAUGAAGAUAAGAAAGAUGAAGUUGCUCCGAUAAAAACAGAAGCAACAAAAUUAGAGGUGAUGGAGACAGUUUCAAUAUCAUCAGAGAGUACAACUGAUGAGAGUAGUUGUAGCAGUUAUAGGUCUUGCAGUGAUUCUAACACUAGCAGUUCAAGAGAUAAUGAUAAAGAUUAUACAAACUUGCAAAAGUGUAGAAGCUCUGAAAAAAUGGAAAUUGACUACUUUGAAGAAAAGAAUGUUAAAAACCAAAUGAAAAGUAAGUCUGAACAAAAAGAAAAAAAGAAAACAACAACUGAACCUUCGGCCACAAUAUCAGAGGUAUUAGUUAUAUCAGACUCAAGCUCAAGUAAUGACUGUAUGAAAUCAACUGGUAAAAAUAAAAAAAAUAAGACUCCUGAAAAUAAAAAAAAUGAGCAUUCAACUAAAGCUUAUGAUGUCAAAGAUAAGAGAGUGACAAAACAAAGUAUGAUCAAUCCAAAUGAAUGUGAUUGGGAGUCUUUAUAUGAUGACAGUGGUGAAUGCCUAGUGCCAAGUCUUAUGGAAGAGCUAACAAAGUCUGUUGGAAAAGUUAGAGUGACAUCUGCGGACAGUGAUUAUCGGCCUUACCAAAGCAUUGAGGAAAGAACCAAUGAUGGUGAAUCUGUUAUUGAAAUUUAUGAUUUCCCAGCAGAAUUUAAAACAACUGAUUUAUUCAAUGUGUUUGCUGCUUAUAGUAACAAGAAUUUCCAAAUCAAAUGGGUAGAUGAUACACAUGCUCUAGGAGUUUUUCCGAGCCCAGUUAUUGCUGAUGAAGUACUGUCCUGCACUCUACCAUAUGUGAAAACAAGACCUCUGAGGUUGGCUAUUGCAGAAUCUCGUAUCAAAGCGAGGAAUCUGGUACUUCCCCCUCUACCUUCAGUGGAACGUCCCAAGACCUGUUCAGCUCUUGCAAAAAGACUGGUAUCUGGAGCUUUGGGUCUGCGCAUCCCCACCUCCAGUCAGGAGAGAGAGAAGGAAAAACAAGUUCUAAAAGAGGCCAGAGAAAAAAGACGCCUGGAAGCAAAACAAAGGGAAGCUGCAUGGAAUGGUACCAUUGCCAGCAACAGUGUUGUAUGAAUCUUUAUUUACAUAUUGUACACGUGAGUGGAUGCGGGGAUAUGAGUUAUAGCUUGUAAAAGGAGAAGUUUAUAAAAUCAAUGUAAAAUGAAAAUCUCUGUUUUUGAACAGGGUAAAAAUGUUUAUUCUGUCAUUGAAAAAAGUCAAACAUUAGCUAAAUCAGCUCCUAUAGAAAUUUGUUUCAAUUUGCAUAAAUUUCUCUACAAAAUCUAAAAUUACACUUCUUGAAACUACUAACUAAUAAAAUAAUCUCCCAUUAGAAUUUGUUUUUAAGAUGGGUAAAAUUUUUAAUAAAUAAUGCUUAAUUAUUUUGUUAGUUACUAAACAAUGUAAUUGAAAACAAGUAACAUUUCCAUACUAUUUUUUUUUUAUUUUCAUAAUGUAUGGUUUUGGUUUUUAAAAUGGAUUUUUAUUUCAAAAAUUUCAUUUUCAAUCGCAAUGUAGUGUGAUAAUUUUUCAGCUACAACUACAAAAUAGCAAUUUGAUUUACUAGGAGGGAGAACUUACUCCUGUGUGUGGGAGAAAGCCGUUAUAUUUUUGAAGAGACUAAAAAAGGCAUUUUUGAACAGAAUUAUUUAUCUUUUUGGUCUAAAUGGAAUACUUUUAAAUUAGCCACUUAACUAUCAUAUCAAGUGCUAUUUUUAUAUAUUUUUUGAAUUAUAAUGUCUAAAAUAGUUUGUUGAUAAGAAAUUUUUACAGUAAGAGCAUUUUAUGUUUUUAUUCUAUUCGUUCGGAGGAACAUUUUUCAUUUAAUACAAAUAUUCAAAUUUUUCAAAUAUUAAAAUUUUUCAAAUAUUUAAAACUUCAAAUUAUUAAGAACUGUAAAAUUACAAUGUUUUAGUUUUUGUUGAUUUUUGUUAUAUUUUAUUUCAUUAUUUUAGUUUA